AUGGUAACAGUUUUCAAGUACCUCAGAGGUGGUUACAAGCUGUGCAGAGAUCCCAGCAAUGCAGCCGCCCCUUGUGAGCCUCCCACCAAGGCAAAGUCCAACCUGGUGCAGGAGCUGCAGCUGGCAGUUACCUGCCCUAUCUGCACCCAGUACAUGGAGGUGCCAGUGACGCUGGACUGCAGGCACAACUACUGCCAAGCCUGCAUCCUCUGGUACUGGGACAGGGUGGAGGAGGAGGAGGAGGAUCUGAAGCAGUGCCCCCAGGGCCGCCGGUCCUUCCGCCAGCGCAGCUUCCGCCCGAACAAGCUGCUAGCCAAAGUGAUGGUGAUCGCAAAGAGGUUCCCCUCCCAGGACAAGGCUCAGGACGUGCGCUCCAGAUCCAGCACGCUGGGUGGGGUGGAGCCCAUGGGGCAGCAGGAGAGUUUCAGGCUGCGUCUGGAGACUCUGAAGAGGGACCUGGAGAUUGUGCUGAGCCUCCCAUGCGACGGAAAGAUGCGAGAGCACCUGCUCCACUUCCUGCCCGAUGGGCAGCAGAUGAUCCUCCAGAAGCUGCAGGAGAUGGAGGGGGGAAAUGGCACAAGGGAGGAGGGGGAAGAGAGGGAAGAGGAGCCCGACCCAGAGCAGGAGGAUGAAAAUAACACCUUGAGCAGGUCUGGCGGCGAGAAGCCCUUGAAGCCCUGUUCGCAGUCACCAGAGCCAUGUGACUGCCGGCUGCCCCUGCUAAACAGUGCCCAGCGGAUACAGAUGAAGUAUUAUAGAGUGGAGGUGACUCUGGAUCUUAAAACAGCCUACCCUGAGCUUGUCGUGUCCAGGGACCGAAGGAGUAUGCAUCUGGGUGACAAGCGACAUAAAGUGCCCGACUACUAUGAGAGAUUUGCCACCGAUCCCUGCGUCCUAGCCUAUGAAGGGUUCUCAUCUGGGAGCUUUUACUGGGAAGUGGAGGUGGGCGGCACUGGCUGCUGGGCUGUGGGGGUGGCCAAGGGGUCCGUGAAGCAGAAGGGACCUCUCAGACUCACACCUGAGCAUCGCUUCUGGACCAUGGAGAUGCGAAUGGGCAAAUACUGGGCUCUCAAUACCUCUCUGGUCCAUGUGUACUGCAGGAGGCUUCGCAGGGUUAGGAUUUGCCUGGAUCUCAGGGAGGGGCAGGUGGCCUUUUACAAUGCCAACACCUCGGCCCAUCUCUACACCUUCACCGCCUCCUUCAUGGAGGAAAUCUUCCCCUUCUUCUACACCAAGGACAAGAAGACCCCACUGGUCAUUAAUAGGUCCAAGCUUGAGGGAUGGAUUCCUCUGACUGAACUAGUCCAUCCCCUGUCAUUUGACUUGCAUAUGCCUUCCCCUGCCCCCAGCACAGACUGAUCGUGAGCUCAUCACUUGCAUUUCCAUUGCAGCCAAACAUCCUGUUUUAACAAUUUCAAAAUGCUGCAUUUGGAAUUUUCCUGACUGAAAGUUUGUCAGCUUGAGUGGAGUGAAACGUUUCAAUUUUUCAUUGUGAAGUUUUCAUUUUAAAUUUUUUAAAGUGCAAAUCAGAAGAAAAUAUUUGGAUUUUAUCAGAUGAAACAAUUUGAUUGAACUCAACGAUUUUUUUAAUGUUGUUUUGCAAGAAAUUUCAAUUUUAAAAAAAAUCAUUCCGAUUUGGAGUGAAAAUAAACUUUGAAAUUGCAGAAUUUCCCAUGAAAUGGAAAUUCCAAUUCUCACUUAUAGAAUACGAAAUUCUUCUGGUUUCUAAGGCUUUAGGGAUCACAUUUUUAAACCAUUGUGAGGAACAGACAUCUUAUAUUUUUUUAAAUGAGGGGUGAGAUUCUUUUGUCAUCACAGGACCCUGGGAGCUGGGGUUUUAAGGAAAACAGCAAAUAACACAAGACUUGCCAUGAAAUCGCCAGACUUGGCUCAGAAAUUAGAAGGUGA